GACGACAUGAGGCUGCGGUCAUCAACACCAUAAAGCUCGCAGUGUUUUUGCUCAAACAACUCGCAACAGCCAGUUGCGAAUUCUGUCAUAGGAUUAGCUGUUUGGCUAUCAGGCGCCUCCGGACUCAGAAGAGUUAGUGGGGCCGCAUGGACUCCGACGCCAUGUAAAUGCUCAUGCUCAUGUGAUAGGUUCGGUGCCGAAUGCAGACUUGACGCCGUUUUUUCUCAGCCGCGAUCGCUGCAGGUUGAAGUUAAUUUGCAAUCUCAUAAACCGGGGCGAUCACAACGCGGCGAGGAGCGCGAACCUGGCCGCUGAAGACUAUAAUGGUCGCGUAAAGCUCGGAUGGCGUAUCCCGCCCCAACGGGGCCCCUUAGCGAGGGCGGUCUCACCGGGCCGUGGGCGUCGGCUCUGCGCGUCCCCCGCUCGUUUCGAUGCCCGCUCUCGGGGGGCCUCAUGCGGGACCCUGUGGUCAGCCCCGUACCUGCUGCGGGUCUUCCAGCAGGCACGUCCUUUGAGCGCGCUGCACUGAUGGGCUGGCAUGCAGGCGCUACCGCAGGCACCCAGUCUGCACCGCUGCCAGUGCCCCCGUUCCAGCUGCUGCCCAACGCCUCAUUGCGCGCCGCCAUCAGCGAGUGGCUGGAGGCGCAUGGACUGGAUGCAGCCGCCGCCGAGCAACUGCUAGUGCUGGAGGCGGAGGCGCAGCAGUGGCGCCGGGAGGAGCGGCAGGCGGCAGCGGCAGCCCGCACGGCGGCAGCAGCGGUGGUGGUGGGGCCGUGGUCUGGUGCCGUCUGGCCGCAGCCACAGGUUCACCUGCCGAUGGCCCCGAUGCCGAGGGCCCCGGUGGCCGUGCCUGUACCGGCAUCAACAGCAGCAUCUGGUGCAGUCGCAACCCGCGGGGGUCUGGUCAGGGCUGGCCGCAUGGUGCCCUCGCACUCGGCGCCGUCGCUGACACUCCUGGAGAUGCAGGCGGCAGCUGCAGAAGCCAAGGCGGAUACACAGCGGCAGCAGCAACAAGAGCAGUACCAGCACCAACACCAGGAGCGCUCAUACCAUGGGACCCUGCGUGCGCCUCAGCUGCCUCAGGGGCAUAGGGCGGCAGAACCAGCAGCAGCUGGCGCAGGCGUGCCGUGGGCAGGUCCAGGAGCCAGUGUGCGUUCAUCUACCAUUGCCGCUGCCAGCCAUGCCUUCCAGCCCCCCGCCCACACGUACCAGCAGGAACAGCAGCAGCAGCAGCAGCAGUCGUACGACUUGCCGCCCGGGAUACAGCCGCGCCUGUCCAUGGCGCGACACGGCAUAUCGGUGGCUCCGUCUGGAGCCGCUGCGGAGCGCGCGCGUGGUGCCAGUGGCAGCAACGCCAGCAGCUCCGCUCAUGCACCAAUAGGCGGCCCCGGUCAGCUGCCGGCGGCCCACACCGCGUCCCACCUUCCGGCGGCCCCGGAGACCGAAGUGCUGCUGGCGGGCCGCUCGGCGGCGGGCGGCGCGGCGGUGACCCGGGCGUCGCAUCAGCGGACAGCUCGACCGGCUGCUCAAGCGGCUGCUCCAGGGGCGCGAGGGGCGGGAGGGGCACGGACUGGUGCUGACACCUCCAGGGCUGCACCUGCAGCACCUGUAGCUGCAGGGCCGGGGACUCGCUGCGCGGACUGGGACUGGGACUUUGAUGAGGAGACACGGGCCGAGUGGGCGCAGCUGCUGGCAGCUUCCGCGGCGACCGCUGGCGAUCCGCAGGGGGGCCUCUCUGACACGAGUGAAUACGCCGGCGGCAUCAGCCCUGGCCGCCAUCGUGCAACCCAGGUGCCACCUGCCGGUAAGGCCUCCUCCGGCCGCCAGCACCAGCAUCAGCAGGACCGUCCGACCGUCGCACCCACCGCGCAUUCGGGGGGCCGGGUGGAUGAAGGCUUGCAUUUCUUGUCAGAGCUCCCGUCGGAGCCUGAGGCGGCGGCGGGCCAGGGUAUGUCUGCGGGUGGUCCGGGAGGACAGGCAAGUCGCGGUGCCGGGAACCCCACGGCGCCCGCGAGCAGCACAGGUGCUGAAGGGCGGGUCGGCGGUGGCGGUAAUGAGAGUGGCAGCGAGGGCAAUGGUGGGGUCAGCGGCUGGUCGGGGCCUCUGCGCUCUUGGCUGGGCCGCCUUCCCUCGGCUCUGGGCGUCGGCCGUAGACAAGGCGCUUUGGGCACCGACACCGCUGCCGCCGCCACUGCCGGGCCUGGCAGUAAGCCUUGGGAGGGUGCUGGCGUCCGCAGCGCUGCUGACAGCGCGGGGCCCAGGGGUCGGCGGGGAACCAUGGACAGCGUCGUACGGGCGGGAUCCCAGGCAGACCACCCAAGACAUAGGGGCACGGCUACCGCGGCGACGACGCGGCUACAGGAGGAAACAGACAACAGUGAGGUUGAGGGCGAGGACGAAGAGGAGGGGCUGUGGGCGGGCAGUGCUAGGGUCAGGCAUACCGCCUUAGACAGGGGUGGCGGUGGCGGUAGCGGUGGCGGCCUGCGCCACGUCAUGUCUGCGGUGCUGGAGCUGGCGGGGCUGGGUCUGGGCGUCAGGGGCAGAGGCAGCGAGGAGGGAGAACAGGGAGGUAGCUCAGAGCCUUACACGGAGGCAGGCCUGGGUGGCGGCCUGCACUCCAGUGCGUCACUGGGCCGUCUCCGGGUGCCACUGGGGUCCGGGCAGGAGCGGUCUGGUGCCCCGGCCAGGCAUGGCAAGGCGGAGUCGCGCCAGUACCAGCAGCGCCAGCACGGGGAGCAGCACCUGCAGCGGAUGUACGGCAGUGCAGGCGGCAGCUCGGAGGACAGCGAGGAGGAGGACAAGGUGGAGACGGUUGGGCAGUCGCGGCCCGCUCAUGCCGCCGCAGCUGCUGGGGGUGCUGCUGUGGCUACGCUGCUGCCGGACUCGGGUGAGCUGCCGCCGCCACCGCCCCUGGAGCUGCCACUGGAGCUGCCCCUGCCACUGCAGUGGGUCAGUGCGGGCCAGCUCGCGGGCAGUGGCCUCAGCCCGCGCAACCCGCGCCAGGCGGCGGAGGCGCAGGUGGCACGGCUGCGGAGCUGGCUCGAAGGCGCCCCCGCCCCCGCCGUGUCCGACCUCUACACACUGCUCAGGUGCAGGCCCGCGCAGGCAGAGCUGGGGCUGGGGGCUGGAGGGGCAGCUGCGGCAGCAGGGGCUGGGGCCGGGCGCGGUGCGGCUGGGGCGGCUGUAGGGUGGUCGCAGCCGGGACGGCCGGCUGGGAGGCAGCGCAGGCAGCGGCACGGGCGCAGGUCUUGUGAGGCUGAGCUGCUGGCGCCUGCACAGAUUGGGCCGCUUUGCUGUACCUCCGUGCCGUGCGGCCCGUCCGCCGCUGGCAGCAACAACAGUCACAGCACUGCGGCCGCCCUGCUCCUGGCUAUGCCGGCACCGCCGCCGCCCCGUGUCACGGCCAUGGCAGUGCUGCCUCCCCCGCCCCCUCCGCCCAGCUGGAGUGGGCUGCUGGGGCUGAUAGGCGGAAGCGGGGGCGCAGGCGGGAGCGCGGCGGGCGCACUCGGCAGCGGCCUCCUGGGUGGCGCCGCCUCACCGCUGCCUAGGGCCACAGGCAGAGGAGGCGCAGGUGGUGCAGGCGGCUCUGUGGGCGCCUCGGUCCACCCGCACAUUCACAGUCGUAGCAGUGCGUUCGCGGUGCUCAUCACUCGCGACCGGCCCUCAGCCGCACUGCUACAGGAGCUGCCCGCGGACCUGCCAACCCCCGCCCCCGAGCUUCCGCACGCCCCCGCGCCACAGCCAGGCCCCACCGGCCGCUGCUGGGCGCUGCCGGCCGUGCGCGGGCGCGUCACUGCAGUGGCUGCCUGCCCGCGGGGCGGCUCUGUGGCUGUGGGAAGCAGUGCGGGCCUGGUGGCUCUGUGGCGGGGGUUCGAGCCCGAGGCGCUGGCAGCGCUGCGGGAGAUGCAGGACAUGUCCGCGGACCUGGACACGGCGGGACUGCAGGUGGGCGGGUCCCUCACGAGACAGACUGGGCAGGCAGCCAGCAGGGCGGCGACCGCAGCGAGGCAGCAGCAGCCACGGGCGUCCGGCGGCCCAGCGGUGGUGGCUGUGCAGCUGUCCGCGCCCUCGCCGCAGCUAACUGGCUCAGGCGCAGGUGCCGACCAGGGCGAGGGCGCGGGCGAGGGCCUGCCCCCGCCGCUGGAGUGGCACCUGUGCGGGCGGCUGGGCUGGCCAGAGGAGGUGCUGUCUGUGUCCACCUUGGCCCUGAACGGCACCAGCACCAGCACCCAGGCCAGCACCCAAGCCAACAUCACCGGCAUCAUGGGCAGUAAGCUCUCCACUGGCUCCAUGGGUGCGGCCAUGAUGCGCCGCAUUGGCUCCACAGGCCAGCUGGUGGGGCUGGGGGCCGGUAGCGGCAGCGGCACUGGAAGUGGCGGCCAGGCCCCAUAUGCCCCGUCACAGUCCCAACAGCGACUGGCGCUUCUAGGGGCUGGGCCCGGGACUGGCAGUGGCGCCAACAGCGCUGGCGGCGGCGAGCGGGCGGUGACGGCCCUGGCAUAUGGGGGCGGCGGCUCGGUGUUGUUCGCGGCGGCUGGCGGUGUGGUGGCGGGCUGGCGGCUGGGGCAGCUGGACCAGCCGGAGCGCCACUCCUCCGGCAGCUCCAUGGUCAUGCCCUUCAUGCUGCUCACCCCGCACGAGCACGAGCUGGGGUUCACUUACACCGCACUGCCGCCAGACUCAGCCGGAGACACAGCCGGCGGGAGGCGGCAGCUCGAGGGGGGGGAGGCCGGGGAGGCCGGGGAGGGAGACAGCCGCACCGGAGGCCAGCGCCGCCGCGGGGCCGUAACGCCGCGGGCUGGCGGCGCCAACUCAGGGUUGGAGGCGGGCAGUGCGGGUGGCGGCGCCCUGAGCCCCCGUGCUGGUGCCCGGCGCAGCCUGAGCGGUGGCAUGUGGCUGCCUGCGGGCGGCUCUGUGACCUGUCUGGCCGCCUCGCCCUGUGGCGCCCACCUGGCCGCGGGCCUAGCGGACGGCUCCGUGCACCUGGCGCUGCAUGCCGCGGCGGCGGAGCGGGUGGUGGUGCUGCGGCUGCUGCCGCCGCCGCCGCAGCCCGCACUGGCCGCCGCCGGCUUCCCCGCCCCCGGCCUGGCCACCCAGCUGGCCUUCAGUCCGGACGAGCGGCGGCUGCUGGUGCUGGCGCUUGGGCUGCGGCCCGGGGCACUGGGUGGCCAGCAGCAGCAGGAGGGCGCUGCGCCAGGGGCAGCUGCAGGCGGCAGUGCGGCCCCCGUGGCGAUGAGCUCGCCCAACGCCGCGCGGCUAGGGGCUGGUGCGCAGGCCAGCGGGCCACCAGCGCGCCGCAGCGUUAACGGUGGCCACAGCGGCAACCUGGUGCAGCAGCGGCUGGCGGCGGCGUUGCAGCGCAUCGACAGCGCCGAGCGCAGCUCUCGGGGCGGCCUCGAUGCAUCCGCCGGCGCCGCGGACCCAGGGGUGGCGGGAAUCUUGGCUGGCGGUGCCCCGAGUGCGGCGCCCACCUAUAGUGCGGCUCGCUACACACUGCACUGCUUCCCGCUGACUGCGGCGGAGGGGCUAGGCGGCAGCGAUGUACAGGCGGGCGGUUGGGGGUUGGAGGAGCAGGAUCAGCAGGAGGAGGACGACGACGAGGAAGAGGAUUACGAUCAGAAGGACAGGGAGCACGGCGGCAGGCGGAAGGACCUGGCGCAGCAGCAGCAGGUCACAGACACCGACGAAGAUGAAGACGAGUGCGAGGCCGAGGAAGAGGGGGAGGGAGAGGAUGAUGGUGGCUCGGGUCGCCUGCCACCCCGCGCCGCACCCUGCAGCGACCUGACUCUGGACUGGUUGGAGCCGCCGCACUACUGCCCCGGAGGCAGCCUGGCUGGCCUGCAGCUGCAUGGGGGCGGGGGAGGCGCCACCACCCUGAGGCCCGGCGCCCUGGCCGCCACGCCCCUCACCGGCCUCACCGUGUCGCCCGACGGCACCUGCUGCCUGCUGCUAGACUGCAGCCCCACACCGCCACAGCCAACACCCGCCGCCGGCAUGGUGCGCCCUCAGGCGACGCCUGCAUCACCAGCAGCUGCAGCCACCACGCGCUACCAGUCUCAGUCCCUGCCUCCUGCUCCUGCUGCCCCCCGGCCUGCCUGCCCCCGGCUGCUGUACCUGGACCUGGUGGCCCGCACCGCCACACACGUGCCGCUGCAGCUGCCGCCACCGCCCCAGCAGCAGCAGCCAGCGCUGCUGCUGCUGCCCGGCGUCGGCUCAGCCGGCAACAGCCCCCUCAGCUCCCCGCGGUGCAGCGUGUGCGGCACCCACCCGGCGGGUGCGGCUGCGCCUCUGGGCACCGCUGUCCCGUCCUCUGCCACUGCCACUGGGACUGCAGCCGUUGUGGCGGCGCACCCGCUUGUGCGCCUCUAUCCAGCGGCGGGAGGCGGUGGUGGCGGCAGUGGCGCCGGGCUUGCUGGUGUUGGGGUUGCCGCCAGUGGCGGCGGAGGCGGCGCAGGCGUGGGCUGCUUGGCGGUGCUGCCUGGCGGGCGAGAGCUGCUUCUGGCGGGCGAGGGGCAGGGGUUACUGCGGUGGCGCUUUGGGCAGCAGUGAGUUACUGUCCGGCCGGCAGGCCACUCCGCGUGGCAGCACGACGCAGUCAUCUCCCUGCACGGCGCACCUCCGCCUCCACUCUUGCGCUCCUUCAGCGACAUGUCCAUCUGCUAUAGCAGCCCGCAGAUGCGUCAGCCACAGCCGUCACCACAGCCACACAACCGAUCGUCACCGCCUCCGGGCGCCAGCGGCAAAGCUUUGGGCAAUCGUAGCGGCGGUACCGAGCGGUCCGGUGGCCAGUAGUAGGUGUUUGGGGGGUGGGGCGCCGGUACGGCUGCCAUGCGCCGCUCUGCGAUGUAGCGGCGGCCGUGCCGGUGCUCCAAAUUGCUGGACGGCUUUGGUAAUGCGCCUUCCAGAAGGCUGGGUUUGCGUGUGGGCCCGUGAGGGUUUCACGGGUUUCCUGGGUUGUCAGCGCGGCUUGCGGGUAUCUAGGGCUUUCUCAUUCUUGGCCGGGGCGGGGUGGGGACGCGUGGCUUCGUGUGGGCCUGUGGGGGAACGCGCGGCUUGUUUUGGGCUCCUGUCUGCGUCUGCGUGUGUCGUGUGGGCUGGCCGUGGGUAUGGGGUUCCGGUGCUUCGUGGUUUGGGGUUUCGGGGCGCUAUAGAAAUGCAUGUGACACAGGAGCGCAUCUUUGUCAGUGACCUUGAUUCUUCCCUAACAAUGUUGUCCGGACGCUAUCAAGGCUAUUACGUGAUCCAUCAUUCCGCAUCCUUGCGGCAUGGUGCAUUGCGUUCUAAUAAUAAUGAUAUAAUGCUGUAAGGGCAAGGUGUGGCAUGUGUGCGCAAGGCACUGCUACAUGUUCCCAGCAAGGUGUGUGACGCAUUGGGCGUACGGGCUUGCCAAGGGCCUGCGCGUGAGUGAGAUAUGUGGUCGAUGUGAUGGUAGCUGUUAAUUAAUUUCGAGGGAUUUCACGGUGAGUGCACGAGCGGUUUGCGUUGCAGGGAGAGGUUUCGAGCGGAGUGCGAUUGGUGGCGUAGGCGGGCACGUGAGCGGCUGCGGUUGGCGCGGAUUGCUGCGGCUGCAGUUGCCUGGCGUGGGUGCCGCAUAUGUGAAUACAACGUAGGUGAGACGCAUUAAGAUACAUUGACGGCUUGCAGGGCGUAUGCACACGGGCAGGCAGCGGCCUAGCAACACGUGUUUGGCGGGUUCAUGAUGUAUCUCAGGUUUGCAGGGUGUGGGGUCGCGGGAUGCUGCGACACACAGCGCUGACUGUCUGUAGUCUAAGCGUAGUCUAAGCCUCUAUCACGCCCAUGCGGCCCAUGCGGCUCUUCCUAAGCUGCGUGGGCGUGACGCACCCGCUGCCUGGGCAUGACGCACCCGCUGUCCCCAUGCGAGCUUGCCGCCCCGUUCCGGAACAUCUCAUAACCUCGCGGCUGCAAGCCACAGGCCCACAUGGCCGUAGCUAC